UUUAUCUACUAUUUUACACAUAUUUUUGCUCUAUUUUUUAUCAUUAUUUAUGACCCUGUAGACGUUGGUGAACCCAUUUCAAGCACCAAAACAAUUAAUCCACAUCAGUAAAGAUUUAUUUUCACAAAAUAUUUGAAGAAUUUCAAAAACUAUAGGCUUCAAUUUUUCAGUAUUUGGGCCAAAUGAUCCGUUUACAUAGUUAGGGGCUUCAUUAUAGAGAGAGCUGAGAUUGAUCUGAGAAUUGUGAUAUAAAACACUUGGGGUAUUAUGUGAUGUGCACGUACCCUUUUAAAAGGUGAAUUUAAGGAAUAAUGUGGAAAUCGAGAAAAAUGCCCUUUGACCCCAAAGCCAGGGUUUAUGUUAGGUUGUAAUGGGUCGUAUCUCCAGGACCCGCUCCACUGUGCGAGCAGCAGCAGCAGGAGGAGGAAGAGGAGGAAGAGGAGGAGGAGGAGGACGAGGAGGAGGAGGAGGGGCGAGAGGGAAACCCAGGAAGGGGUUACAAAUAUCGCGUUGCUGCUGUCGCGCCGUCAAGUCUCCACAUUCACAGGAUUUGAAGGUGUAGGAGCGACUCUGGAUGAAUGAGACGGAUGGGAGUUUAAACUUUAUGUGGUUUCGAAGAGGGACGUGCUCUCCUUGACUCGCGGUGAUGUUUACGGGACCGGACAGGCUCCUCCGCCGCCCAGCAGCGGCAGUGUCAGCCCGACCGAGGUGCUCAAGGAUGAAGCGCGUCUCCGAGCAGCGCUGCUCAACUACGGUGCAGUAGUGUGUAAAAUAAUCGCCUGGUUGUUUUCGCCCGUGCCGAGCUUUUGAACACGUUGUCCUUUGUAAUCAAAUGUGAGGAGCAGCUCACGUUUUCUUCGGGCUCGGGGGGGAGGUUGUUGAGGAGCAAGAGAAGAAAACUUGGGGCUCAGCGGCUGAUCGGCUCAUCCUGCAUGGACAUUGUGUUUGCGGUGGUCGCUCAGGCCUGCAGUCGCUCCGCCGGACGGUAUCGAGGCGCACGGACCUCUGGCAAAAUGUCAAGGAUGCUCCGAGAGGGAGCGCAGACCGCAGGGACGGCAGCAUGACUGCCCAGGCGGAGACACAGGACACGGGUCAGAAGCGGCGCUGAGAGAACCCCCCCCCCCCCCCCCCCACCCUUUUCUAAGAGACACUGCUUCAAUCAGACAGGAUGGGACCGUUCGACAUGUGUGUAUUACCGCGGGCUUCUUCGACGUGACACCGGGCUCCCUGUCGGAGAGUGCGCCUCUUUGGCUCCGGGUGCGCCAGGACACCGCUGCCGCUGCCGCCGCUGCCGCUGCCGCUGCCGCUGCCGCCGCUGCCGCUGCCGCUGCCGCUGCAGUUCGGGUGUGAGGUGGAGCGCCGGUGGAUGCCGCAGCCCUGCCGGGUCACAACGCAGAUCAGUGAGGGGUCAACAGAUUGUUUUAGUGAGGGGAAUUCCCCCGCCAGGAGCCCCCUCCCUCCCUCCCUCCCUCCCUCCGCCAUGGAUGACUCGGGGAUAAUACGACGCCGGAGGCUGCAGAAGGAUUUGCCACUGCCUCGCAAAAACAGCAGUUGUCGUACAAGCAACAGGAAGAGUCUGAUCCUGACCACCACCUCGCCCACGCUGCCUCGCCCACACUCCCCUCUGCCCCUCCCUGGACACCUCGGAAACAGCCCUCUGGACAGCCCGCGAAACUUCUCUCCCAGCAACCCGGCACAUUUCUCGUUCGCCUCCUCCAGAAGAGCCGACGGACGGCGAUGGUCUUUGGCAUCUUUGCCCUCCUCUGGAUAUGGCACUAACACUCCCAGCUCAACGUCCUCCAGCUCCUCGCAGGAACGGCUGCACCAGCUGCCCUUCCAGCCCACCAUGGACGAGCUCCACUUCUUAUCCAAGCACUUCGGCAGCACCGAGAGCAUCACAGACGACGAUGGGGGCCGCUCCUCGCCCCACAUGCGCCUGCGCUCCCGUAGUCUCAGCCCCGGACGCUCCUCCUCCUGCUAUGAUAAUGAGAUAGUCAUGAUGAACCAUGUGUAUAAAGAGCGCUUUCCAAAGGCCACGGCGCAGAUGGAAGGGAGGCUGGCCGAGUUCAUCCAGGCUUUCUCUCCGGAAAAUGUUCUUCCACUAGCUGAUGGAGUCCUCAGCUUCAUCCAUCACCAGAUAGCUGAGCUGUCCAGAGACUGCCUGGCCAAAGCCCGCGAGGGUCUCAUCACCUCUGUCUACUUCUUUGAGCUGCAGCAGAAUCUGGACAAGCUGCUUAAUGACGCCUUUGAGCGUUCGGAGAGCAAUGAGAUGGCCUUCGUCACAGAGUUGGUGAAGAAGCUCCUCAUCAUCAUCUCUCGGCCUGCCAGGCUUCUGGAGUGUCUGGAGUUCAACCCCGAGGAGUUUUACCAUCUGCUGGAGGCGGCAGAGGACCACGCCAAGGAGGGCCAUCUGAUGAAGACCGACAUUCCUCGUUACAUCAUCAGCCAGCUGGGACUGACCAGAGACCCUAUUGAAGAGAUGGUAAACCUCGACAGUUACGACAGCGAGGGGCCGCUGACGCCUGAAACCGAUGACUCGACAGAGGGGAAGAUCAGAGCAAUGAAACCACCGGGAGAAGCAGACUUCCAGACCAUCAAGCUCAUCAGUAAUGGAGCGUACGGCGCCGUGUACCUGGUGCGUCAUCUCGAGACACGGCAGCGAUUUGCCAUGAAGAAGAUCAACAAGCAAAACCUGAUCCUGAGGAACCAAAUCCAGCAGGCCUUUGUGGAAAGAGACAUCCUCACGUUUGCAGAGAACCCUUUUGUCGUCUCCAUGUUCUGCUCCUUCGAAACCCGCCGGCACCUCUGCAUGGUCAUGGAGUAUGUAGAAGGUGGAGACUGUGCCACUCUGCUGAAGAACAUCGGGGCUCUGCCUGUGGAGAUGGCUCGCAUGUACUUCGCAGAGACGGUGCUGGCGCUGGAGUACUUACACAACUACGGCAUCGUACACCGUGACCUCAAGCCUGACAACCUCUUGAUUACCUCAAUGGGUCACAUCAAGCUGACAGACUUCGGUCUGUCAAAGAUGGGUCUGAUGAGUCUCACCACCAACUUAUAUGAGGGACACAUAGAGAAGGAUACUCGGGAGUUCCUGGAUAAACAGGUGUGUGGAACCCCAGAGUACAUCGCCCCUGAGGUUAUCCUUCGUCAAGGUUAUGGGAAGCCGGUGGACUGGUGGGCUAUGGGCAUCAUCCUGUACGAGUUCCUGGUGGGCUGCGUGCCUUUCUUUGGAGACACUCCGGAGGAGCUGUUUGGACAGGUCAUCACAGAUGACAUAGUUUGGCCAGAAGGGGACGAGGCUCUCCCCGUCGACGCCCAGCACCUGAUCUCCUCCCUCCUGCAGACAAAUCCAAUGGUUCGAUUGGGCACAGGUGGUGCUUUUGAAGUGAAGCAACACUCAUUCUUCACAGAGGUGGACUGGAACAGCCUGCUGAGACAGAAGGCAGAGUUCAUCCCUCACCUGGAGUCAGAGGAAGACACCAGUUAUUUUGACACUCGCUCCGAGCGCUACCAUCAUGUGCAUUCAUAUGAUGAAGAUGAUACCAACGAUGAUGAGCCUGUGGAGAUUCAUCGCUUCUCAUCCUGCUCCCCUCGCUUCAGCAAGGUGUACAGCAGUAUGGAGCAUCUGUCCCAGCUGGAGCAUAAACCCCACGGUGUGACUCUACGGGAGCACAAGGUCCCCAGGGAGGAUCGAAUGGCCAAAAGAGAAAGCCUGGGGAGUGUCACCCUCAGGGACAAGAGCUGGAGGACUGGAUCUCCUGAGAUGAAGCGCUUGUCCUGCUCCGAGUCCUCCUUCACUGAGAGUGAGUCCAGCCCACCGUCGGGGGCCCGAAGACGCUUCUCCGCCCUCAUGGAUACACACCGCUUGGCCUCCCCUCUGGAAGUCGACUCUGAGCUUCCUGUAUCCAGCAGGCAGCCUCCGAUGAAGGCAAGGGGAACGUCCCUGGAAGGAGCCAUGGGUGCAGUCCCCUCUCAGGGCGACCUGAGAACAUACCUGAAGGACAGCAACGGGCUCACGGCGGGAGAAAAGGUUCUGAGACCUGCGGACGCAUCGUUGCCUUUACCUGGCAGUGCUACAGCUCUGGGGCUCCCAGAGGCACCGGCGCCCCGCGGGGCCACCACUGACCUGGUGCUGCGGAGAGUUCGCCACCAGCAGCUGUCAGCCGAAGGAGAAAAACGUAGCUCACGACCAGGAACCAAAGUUAUCAAAUCUGCUUCUGCGACGGCUCUGUCCGUCAUCAUCCCUGCAGGUACAGUGGAGCAACAUGGCGCCUCCCCUCUGGCGAGCCCCAUGUCUCCUCGCUCCCUCUCGUCCAACCCUUCCUCCCGCGACUCCUCUCCCAGCAGAGACUACUCUCCGAUGGUCAACGUCCUGCAUUCCCCGAUCACCAUCCAUCGCUCCGGGAAGAAGUACGGCUUCACUCUGCGAGCCAUCAGAGUCUACAUGGGAGACAGCGAUGUCUACAGCGUGCAUCACAUGGUCUGGCAUGUGGAGGACGGAGGCCCCGCCCAGGAAGCUGGACUCAGGGCCGGGGACCUGAUCACUCACGUAAAUGGGGAGUCAGUCCACGGUCUGGUCCAUACAGAGGUGGUGGAGCUCAUCCUGAAGAGUGGAAACAAGGUGACAGUUACAACUACUCCUUUUGAGAACACCUCUAUAAAAGUGGGUCCCGCCCGCAAGUCCAGCUAUAAAUCCAAGAUGGCGCGACGCAGCAAGAGGACAGGGGCCAAGGAGGGACAGGAUAAGAAGCGCAGCUCCCUGUUCAGAAAAAUCACCAAGCAGUCCAACCUGCUCCACACCAGCCGAAGCCUCUCCUCUUUAAAUCGCUCGCUGUCGUCUGGGGACAGUCUCCCGGGCUCGCCCACCCACAGCCUCUCCGCCCGCUCGCCCACUCAGACUUACCGCUCCACCCUUGAAUCCCCUUACCUGGGCACCUCCUCCCAGAGCAGCUCCCCGGCAUCCAGCACCCCGAACUCCCCGGCAGCCUCUCACCACAUGAGGCCCAGCUCCCUGCACGGCCUCUCUCCCAAACUCCACCGCCAGUACCGCUCUGCACGCUGCAAGUCUGCCGGCAACAUCCCUCUGUCCCCUCUGGCUCACACUCCCUCCCCGACCACCUCCUCUCCUCCGCCUCUCACCGGCCACACGGUAGGAAGCUCCAACACCACGCAGAUGUUUCCCGCCAAGCUGCACUCCUCGCCUCCUGUUUCCCGCCCUCGUCCCAAGAGCGCGGAGCCGCCCAGGUCCCCCCUGCUGCAGCGGGUGCAGUCGGCGGAGAAGCUAGGAGCGCCGAUUCUGCCUUCCUCCUCUUCUUCGUCAUCCUCACCUUCUCCUCUGACAGGCGGGGUGUCGUUGCGCAAGCAUAGCCUGGAGGUGACGCAUGGGGACUACAGGAGAGAGUCUUUCCACUGUGAGCACAGUCUACAGAGUCUGUUGGAGAUGGAGGGAGAGAACGGACCUGCCCCUCCAUCUCCUUCAUCAUCUUCCUCCCCGUCUCCUCCCAUGGGAGGGGACAUUGGAGGCCUGAAGCCAGUGAGGAGGCUGGGAAGGCAGGAGUCGCCGCUCAGCCGUGACACACUGCUCACAUCAAGAGAGAAAGAUACGCAAACCACCGCACCUGAGGCGCAAACUGAGAGUGUAGCUACUAAAGCUGCGUCCAAGACCAGCGCUGUUGACACGAGUAAAACAUUAUCCACUGCUGAGGUCCUAAAGAGUACCGCGGCCGCAGUGGAGAUCAAGACUCGUCCAGCGCCGGUCUCAUCCACUACACAGACCAAGCCGAGCCCCGGGGACAAACUUCCAAAUGGAGGUGCUUCAAGUUCUGAGGCAACGGCGUCCAAGAGUAAACUCAGCGAGAAAAUCUCAGCUCCGGGAGCAUCGAAGGGCGUCCAACAACAAGAGAGUAAGCAGCAGAGCGCACAGACGGUCAGUGGAGCUGCACCCGGAGCUCAGGAGAAGACUGAGGAGAAAGUCAAAGGCGCUGCAGCUGCAGACAAAGGUUACGUGCAGAAAGCUUCAUCUUCAGAGCAGUCCAAGCAACGAAAAGGCACGGAGACGGGAGAGAGAGGAGGCGUCAGUGGCACCGAUAAAGCAGCUGAGACGACCAAGGUCAAAGGUCCUGCACCCCCUGUUCCAACCCAGGCUCAAACCCACACCGCAGCUCAUGCGCCAGCUGCUGCCAGAUCCAAAGCGGAGAAGGUGUCAAGCAGUUACCGUGGGGCCAAGGAGGAGAGGGCACACUUGGAAGUCCUGGAGGAGAACCCCAUGUCACCCUCCUCUAAUGCGGCCUCGCCCUGCUCAAGCAAGUCUCGCCCCAUGUCUCCGGGGGAUAAAGCCAGCUUCGUCACCCAGCUCACGAGCGUGGCCAAAACAGUGCUCGGGCCGAUAAAGGGAGCGUCACAACAGGAGGGAGCCAAGGUCAAAGACACCUCCAAGUCGAGCGAGGAGAAGCGAGGAAGCGCAGCGGGAAAAGCAGAGGCUUCGUUCGGGGGCGGACGUCGGGGGGCUCAGACGGCAACCUCAGCCGGCGCCGGCACUGUCCCGUCUGAAAAAGGAACCGGUCGGAGCUCGAAGCAUCAUUCGUGAUGACAGAGCUCCAGAAAGAGUCAGACUCUCCCAUGUAAUGCCUUUUACUGUAGCGUCGCACUGACAUAUCAUGAAUUAACAUGACUUUGAAUGAAAGGGAGACAUAAAUAAAUGCCUGAAGAAAUAACACCAAAUAGAUGACAUGUGACAUGUAGACACAUAAGAUGUGAACAAAGAUGCAUCAGCUUCUGUUGGAAGACGUGUGCACAUGGUAUCAUAAUGUAGGCCUGUGUAUGUGCUGUACGUUCAUCACGAUGUGUUGUACAUAGUGGAAAAAAGAAAAAGAAAAAAAAAAGCAUAUGUCUUAAUGCAUGUCUUACAUUGUACAUGGAAAAUGAAAGAAUAUUUAAAAAGAAGGUGAAAAAUAUAAAGCAGACCUAAAGGUAGAGAAACACUGUGAACAACAAUUUCGACAGACCACGUCAACAAGCAGGAUUCUGUUAUAAAAAUGGGCAUUACUCAUAUUUCAGAUCAGCUCCAGUGCCAUCAUUUAGCUCAUAUAUACAGUAUCUAUAUAUACGACACAGUACAACAUGUGUUUCCUUACAGUUCAGUUACUAAAAGGGAUCAGGCGUGGAAGGAUUAGUCUUGUAUCACGUAGCGAAGAACAAACUGCACCAAGAUACCAAAACGCUUGCAGUGACGGAAUUAGAUGGUGAAUCAGCUGGUUUGCCUCAGAUCUGUUUAAGGGCUGAAUUUCAGUGGGAUUGAAAGAGGUAGAUUAGAUGAACUUGCACAGGGACACUAUGCAAUGUGCUAACGAUUUUUUUUUAUUUUAUUUUAUUUAUUUUUUUGGUGUCCCCAAAUUACUAAGUUUACAUUGUGCUCAAAGGCAAGAAGAAAAGAUGGAGGAAAAAGGUUGCAAUAAGCCAAGCAAACGCAUUUUGUUUUAAAAGUUGUCUCUAUUGAUCGUAGUGAAAUGUGCAAUUAUACUGUAUAUUUUAGGCUGUUAUGUGAAUACAUUAGCGUGUUCAGAGUCUGGUAUAAGGAGACAAAGUGUGUGACGAACCAUAAUGAAAGUAGCACUCACAGCAGAGUAGGCUAGACAUGCUCUUUCACUCACUCUUUUCUAUUUAUGCAGAAGAACAGUUUAUUGUAUAAUGUUACGUGUGAAGGAAAGUGCCAGUGUUUUUAUUUAGAGAUAAUGUGAUUUUUUUUGUUUCUGUUUUUUUUUUGUUUGUUUACACUUUAAUGUAUAAUAAUAUGCAAUCCAUCAGUGCCGAGCAACUGAGCACCCUAGUCAGUGAUACUGUAGUAGACUACACAAAGCCAGGAGUAGAUUUGUUGAGAGCAUCAUAGUUGCUGAGGUCGUGUUUGUUCUUGUGUAUUACAGCAAAAAAUCCUCUUGAUAGUUUUUGGGACCCCAGGCUCAGAGCUGUCUCAGACUGCCACCUUGUGGGCGACAUCACAUGACACCAAAAGCCCUGAGGCGCGACGACAGAUAGGUGUAUGUAUGUGUAAGUCUGAUAUCUCCUGCCUGCGGAUCGUUCCAUUUCCUACAUUGUGAGUCUGAUGCAUAAUUAUUCUGUUGAUGAACACGUUUAAAAAGUCUUUAUCCAUUAUGAUGUAGUGGUUUAAACCGACAUGAACCCGAUGUUUGGACAUUAAACGCCAGUGUUUUUUGUGUGUGAUGUGAGGAAAUUGCACUUUAUUUUGUGUCAGAUACUUUUAUUUACUUAUAUAUUUAUUUUGUAAUUUUUCUAUUUGUUGUAUUUAUUAAACUUUUUUUAUUUAUUCCAAUGUUUUCACAUCAGUUAGUGAAUUUCUGCUUUACUACAGAAAUUAGUUACUGAUGAAUUUCACAUCUAGACUGAGAAAUCUACCGAGUCUGUGAGGCUGUGCAGUUUGGACUCAUUCCAUAAGUCUGAAGUUAUAAUAUUGCUGUCAUGUCCAUCUUUGUCCAAGUGUUAGACUUUUUUUUUACAACAACUAUCUGUGACUGUUGUUGUUCAUUCCAUUGCUACAUAUUUACUAGCCACCGUUGUAAAAAACUGAUGCAAAAAAGCCUAUAGUGCAGAAAUGUAAUAAAAUGCAGCAAAACCCUU